GUUGGGAAGGAAGGAUUCAGCUGGUUGCCCUUGUGUCUCCAGCGUUUGCGAGGAGAGAGUGUCGGCUGCACCCAGCGCAUCCCCGCCAGCACUGUAGCAGCGGCACUGUAGCAGCGACACUGUAGGACCGACAGCAGCAGCUCGGGCUAAACCACCGGCGGCCCGCGGGGGGAACUGUGCGCUUCUCUACAUUUACAGUACAUCGUGUAUGUGGGUGCAUCAGAGGGAAAAGCAUCGCUCAGGAACCUAUUGACCCAACCGGACUCACAUCCAGCCGGGGGAAAAGGGGAACUUAUAGCCCCCACCCCCCUCAUCGAGAGAGUGGCAUCGCCCAGCCUAUCUGCCCCAGCACACCUGGCAGCCCGGAGGCACCUUCUCCUCCUGCACCUGAUCGUGCAACAUGAUCCUCCAGCCAAGUGCACUUCUCUGCCUCUCCAGCUUGUGGGGUGUCAUCGUACAAGCGGCUUCUCCGAGAAACAAAAAACCAAGCCAAGGGCAGUUUCCAGUCACGCAGAAUGUUACCGUUGUUGAAGGAGGAACAAUAAACUUGACCUGCCGAGUUGAUCAAAAUGAUAACACCUCCCUCCAGUGGUCGAAUCCAGCUCAGCAAACCUUGUACUUCGAUGACAAAAAAGCCUUGAGGGACAACCGCAUUGAGCUGGUCAGAGCUUCCUGGCAUGAACUUAGUAUCAGCAUCAGUGACGUGUCUCUGUCAGAUGAAGGACAGUACACCUGCUCUUUAUUCACUAUGCCUGUCAAGACUUCCAAGGCUUAUUUAAUGGUUUUGGGUGUCCCCGAAAAUCCCCACAUUUCUGGAUUUACAUCACCAGUAAUGGAAGGAGAUACAAUUCAGCUUACAUGUAAAUCAUCGGGAAGCAAACCAGCUGCGGAUAUUAGAUGGUUUAAAAAUGACCAAGAAAUCACAGAUGUGCAGAAAAUCCAACAACAGGACAGUAAUGGGAAGACUUUUACUGUAACCAGCUCUCUGGUUUUCCAAGGAGACCGUAAAGACGAUGGAGCGGUCAUAAGGUGUAGAGUCGACCAUGAAUCUUUAACCUCCACACCUCAGAUUGCAAAGCAGGUUUUAGAAAUCCAUUAUACACCUACCGUGAGGAUCUUGCCCUCCACUCCACUUCCACAAGAAGGACAGCCACUGAUAUUGAUUUGUGAAUCAAAAGGAAAGCCAUUACCGGAGCCCGUUUUGUGGACAAAGGAUGGUGGAGAACUUCCAGAUCCAGAAAGGAUGACUGUCAAUGGACGAGAGUUAACAAUAAGUUUCCUAAACAAAACUGACAAUGGCACAUAUCGAUGUGAAGCAACUAACUCCAUUGGACAAAGCAGUGCGGAAUAUGUCUUGAUAAUAAACGAUGUUCCAAAACCUUUAUUUCCAACCACAAUCAUCCCCCUUUUCACCUCUGCAACAGUCAAAACCAAUGUAGCCAUGUCAACCCGCACAACAAAAUCUGCUUUCAUCACCAAAGAUCCCAAUGCGUUGCCUGGACCAGUUGCGACUGACCAUGCGCUAAUAGGUGGAGUUGUAGCUGUAGUUGUGUUUGUUACACUGUGUUCAAUUAUUCUGAUUGGAAGAUACUUGGCAAGACAUAAAGGGACAUAUUUAACAAAUGAAGCUAAAGGAGCUGAAGAUGCCCCUGAUGCAGACACGGCCAUUAUAAAUGCAGAAGGCAGCCAAGUUAACGCAGAGGAGAAGAAAGAAUAUUUCAUUUAAAUGCAAACCUGGUUACGCCGAGUUUAAGUUAUCAGGCUGACUGCUGGAGAAGACUGGCUAUCACCUUUCAGAAUUCAUUUCUGCCAUCUUCCUCUGCAUAUUAUUAACUUCUGCUAUCAAUAGCCAGCUUAUGCCAACAAUCAGCUGUUGACAGCACCACAGUUUAAUUCAUAAUGCCGGACUUUUCUUACCGCUCAAACCCAUGCCCAUUUCUUUGUCCACAUCCAGUUAUACAGUGCUUGAAUAUACAGCCUUAACAAGUCUCCUCACUGGCAUUCUCCAUACUUUGUUUUAUAUGUUUACAAAGAAAUACUUCCAGGCUGCCCUUUUUAUAUCUUUUUUUCCUUUGGCACACUCUCAAAUAUGUAGGUAGGAAUGUAUAAUUCUAUAUGUAUAUAUGUGUAUGGGAAAGUCAGCACUCCACAUUGAGAAUGUUGAAUGUCCAAGUGCACUAGUCAGUAAGAGGUAUGUAUCUGGAGAAGAAUGACUGGCACUCAAAGGACUGAAUGAAUCUGAUUUAUGGGAUUGUGACCAACCUUUCGGUCUUCUUUAGCAGCCUUCCUCAAAAAAAAACAAAAAAAAUCUGAACCGUUGAUCACAAUCACUUGUAACAAUAUAUAUAUUUUUUGGGGUGUGUCAUACCAUCAGUAUAAUUGGUGCAGACUUGAUUAGAUUCAAUACUAGUUUAUUAUGACCAAUGCUUUAUUCAUUCGCUGUAUCUCAGAACAAUAUGUUUAUGACAUGCAUGUCUCAAACCUUUAAUCUCAGCUAAGCAAAUGGCUUAUAGAACACAUCUGAGAAGCUUUACCAUAGUUGCAACAUCAUUUUUAAGUUCUUUUCUAUCAGUGGAGAGUGCCAUAACUUGCAUUCUUUGGGAGGUGAAGCACGGAGAACACAGCAAAAUGGAUUACGUUUUUAAAGCCCUGUUUAACAUUUCAAUAAAAUAGGUACUUCCAUAUUAUUUCCUCCGGAUUAAAAUGAUGGCUUUAUGUUGGGCAGAGAUGCUGAUUCCGUGGCCCACCGAUUGUUGUUUAGUGACGCAUUGUGCACAACUUAUUUCAGUCAUGUGUUCUUGCAACUGAUUCCUUUAGGGCUUUUCUUGGGCCGAUCCAUAAAUAUAGAUAUAAAGUUGUUAGGCCAUUUCUACCCUACCAUGGAUUCACCUCACACAACACAAUACAAAUGCUGAAAUAGUCAAUUGUUGAAAGAGUUAAUUUCCACGUGUACAAUUCCAAGCAUUCUCCAGCCACAGCUGGGGUACCUCAGGCUUGACCUCCCGGACAUAGGGAAACUAGUUUAUUAAAUCCCUUUCUGUUAUUCAGUGGACUUCACAUUUUUUAUAUUCAGUCCAUACUUUAUGUGGAUUCCACUGCUUUUUUUUUGUGUGUUUGUUUUCUUUUUUUUUUUUAAUCUGUAGUGUUAAAAUAUAUUAGCUAGGUAUUUCGGUAUCCUGUAAAUAGUACAUAUAUUAAAACAAAUAAAAAAAAUGAACAUUAUUUGAUACUUAUUUAACUUUUUUGGAUGUAAGCAAGUCACAAGUUCCCAUUUUCUAAUGUCCCUUAUAUCCCUUUAGAUAUUAAUCAGUAUUAUGUGUAGAUAACGUGUUUGGAUUUCUGUCUGUAUGUCCUAGCACUGUUCAAUAACAAAACUUUUUUCUAGUUCAUCUUAAUUUUUAUCUGUUAUAAAAAUGGAAGCACAAUGUUUAAGGAAUGAUACUUUAAGCAAACAACCAGUGCAAAGCCUCAGGUUUUUGAGUAAAGCUCUUCAAUGUUUGUUCUAUUGCUUGAAUUUUCAUUUUUUUUUUUGUUUUUGAUUCAUUUGGCAGUUCUAAUUGUUCACUUUUUUUUUUUUGCCAAAAAAAAAAUAGCAAGAAAAAAAGGCAUUGGAGCAAACUAUUAAUGUUUUAUGUAUAAAUGAACUAAUUCUUUAUAUUCAAUUCCUGUCUAUGCAUUUUGUGAGGUUUACCUUAUGUCACAGUAAAUGAUACAUGAUAUUUUCUGACACUUUUAACUGCACAGUGAAAGUUUUCGAAUUAUUUUUUUUUUUUUCCGCCAUCCACCUAAAGCUUUUCCAAACAUGUCUGUGGAGUUUGAUGAUCAAAAAAAAAAUUCACUCAGCAAAUCAUAGACUUGAGAUUCAGGACCUGGUGGCCCAUAGACUAUAACACAUAUUGUUAAAUUGCAUUUCUAGAAGUGAUUCCCAUGGCAGGAAAUGAAAAUCACCCUAAAUUACACUUCGCCUCAAUCUCCUUAGUAUUGGACAUUUGAAUAGGAUGUUUUAACAAGGACGCUUGGCUAGUGAAGUCUCACAGAAUGACAGCUUAGGCCGUACAGAAGCAGGAAAGGGAGAUGGUAUAUAAAUCAAAACCUUUGUCUUUCACUGAUAAUUUAAUUCAAGAAUUUGCACUUUUUUCCACUUUUAUUUCAGAAAGAAAGCGGCGCCAUUAGCGCAACAGGCUUUCUAUAAUAUACAGAUAUAUAAAUACAGUAUGGUGAGCAUUAACAUAAUCUUAUACUGUAAUAUUCUAGUUUAAAGGACUACACCUUCAUUGGUGUGGCUGCAUGCUUGUUUUCUGCAACUCACAAAUGCAGACAAAAUGCAAUAAUCUCUUAAAUAUAGUUAUUAAUAGCGAAAAAGAACAUACGUUUGGAAAGUGACAGUGAUAAUGGCGUAACUUUGCAAGAUAAAUGAUAUAUCUUAUCCCCAAGAUGGUUAAUAUGCCAGGGAAAAAAAGCUAUGCCCAGUAUAAUAAA